GAGUGAGCAAGCCACCCCCCAGCAAAAGAAGGCAAACCAGCAGGAAAAGAAAACUGCCUCGGUGGUUCUGGCUGUGAGGACGAUGGGAAGGGAGAUUUGCAGCAACAAAUGGCAUUUCCGGACAAGCCUGUAGCCCAACUGCUGGGUGCAAAUGGCCCCAUCCACACAGUCGCCUACUCAGCCUCACCAGGCACCUACAUCCUGACCGGCGGCGCCGACCGCUCCAUCCGGCUCUACAACCCGGCGCCGACGACGGCCGUCCACCCGGCCCCGAGCUACAUCACCGUCAGACAGCAACAGCAGCAGCAGCAGCAACAGGACCCCGGCCCCCAGCAUGCCGGCGGCGGGGCAGAAGCGCCCGUCCCCGCCGGCCGCCUGAUCCAGACGUUCAGCGCGCACGGCUACGAAGUCCUCUCGCUAGCCGUGGCGGCCGACAACGCGCGCUUCGUCAGCGCGGGUGGCGACCGAGCGGCCUUCCUGUGGGACGUGGCGUCGGGCACAACGUUACGAAGGUUCGGCGGCGGAGGAGCCGGCACGGGCCACGCGAGCCGGAUCAACGCGGUCGCGUUCGCGGGCGAGGGCGACUCGCUAGUGGCGACGGGCGGGUUCGACACGACGGUGCGGGUGUGGGACACCAGGGGCGGGGGGGCCGGGCGGCCGGUGGCGGUGCUGUCGGGUGCCGGGGACAGCGUCACGGCCGUGGCGGUGCGGGGCGCCGAGGUUGUCGCGGGCAGCGUGGACGGGCGCGUGCGCAGCUACGACGUGCGCAUGGGCCGCGUGACGACCGACGUGGUGGGCGCGAGCGUCACGAGCCUGUGCCUUGCCCGCGACGGGAAGUCGGCGCUCGUCGGGUCGCUGGACAGCAAGGUUAGGCUGAUGGAUCGGGAGACGGGUGCGUGUCUGAGGACGUAUGCCGAGCCGGCGUGGCGCAAUGCCGAGCUGCGGAUACAGUCUGUCCUCGGCGGGGGGGAGAGGUUCGUCGUUGCGGGCGAUGAGCUCACGGCCGCCGGCGGCGGAUCCGCGACGGGAGGCGUGGGCGUCGCCGCUGAGGGGAGGAUCUGGGCUUGGGAUCUGCUCUCGGGGAAGCUUGUUGCCCGGGUUCGCGUCCCCUGGGGGCCUGGCGGGAGCGACGGCCGCAAGAGGGUCGUCGGGAGGGACGGGAAGGAGAAGGAGCGGAAGAACGUGGUCAGCUGCAUAGCCUGGAAGGAGGACGGGUAUGGGGACCAGUUCUGCGCCGGGGGGACGUCUGGAGUUGUCACUGUGUUUGGGAGCGGUUAGGGGGGCGGGGCCUUUUGUGUGUGCUUGUGGAAGGCAAGUUGAGGAUAGAGGAUAGGGUGUCAAAGAGCGCAGCCGAAAUCUGGAUACCACGACCACGACUUGAAAUCCGUUUGGACUUCUGAGGACGACCAGGGAGGGAGGGGUUCUCGUUCAUUGUCUCUAGAAACUAUCGCCGA